AGAUCUUUUAUAACUAUGAGUAGGAGGAGCGCAAAGAGUCAAGAGUAUGAUGACGAUGAAGCUGGUCAAGAAGCAAAAAAAGCAAGUGCUGUUAGCACCAUCAAGGUGGAACCAGCAAUUGACGUAGCACCGGAAUUGGAACAGCGACAUACUAUUAUGCCUUCUGAGCCCGUGGUUGGUAAGGUACGUUGA